AUGACAAUACCACAACCCACCAUCUCAACAUCAACACUGAAAUCCCACUCUCCAACCCUCACAAAACUUCUCAAAGCCCGUCCAGCCCCAAUACGAGAGUCCGCUCUGCUUGCCGCUGCAGUGUCUCCUACAAAACCGGUUAAACCACCAGCGGGAGAUUGUUGCGGCAGUAGCUGUGAUCCUUGCGUUAUGGAUCUGUAUGCGCAAGAGUUGAAGGUGUGGAAAGAGUGUGUAGGAUUGAGACUUGCUGUGGGUGAUGAGAGUGAUAAGGGUGAAGAUGUGGCUACAGAGGUCGAGGGUUGUAAAGUUCCUGGGGCUUUCGAGUGGUGA